AUGGGAUUACUUAAGUUGCUGAAGGAAUUAGUGCAAUUAGUCGAAAGCGAAGAUAAACAGCUUACUUUACUGAAUGACUGGGAAAGUUUUUCAAAUUCGUUCGCAGAUGAAUUAAAGAAUGUCAAAAGUCAAGCUUUUAAACAAUUGCUGAUUGGCCGGAUAAAGACAAAAGACAACAUGAAGACAGUUGCUGACGAGAACCUCAACAAAUUGCUGAAGUAUGGAAACCGACAGCCGAGGCACGUAUCACCGCAGGGUACAGAGCUUUCAACAAAGCCUUUAUCAGGAUUACAAAAGUACAUGGAAUUAAUCAAUGCCAGAAAACAGCCGAAUGAAAAGUCUGAAUUUGAGUCGAAGCUGGAGAAACGGAUAAAUGGACUUCUCAAUAAACCGAAAAUGCGAAAAAAUGCUAAAUCGAUCGAGCGAUUCGAUAAGCUUCUGAAAGGUCGUUGGUCAAAGAAAUCAUCAAAACGGAAAUCGAAGUCCUUACCUGAUGGUGCACGUGAACGGAAACGAUCACGUGGUGAUUAA